GAAUCCCCACAAAAUAAUGUAAAAUAAUCUCUGCAGCGUAUCCACCCAUGCGUGCAUAGAUGGCCAAAAAACUCUCAGUAAAAGCCACAGCCAUAACGCACCCAUAUCCUCUCUCUCUCUCUUCUCAAAAGGAAACUCGCAUGGUUGUUUGUAGAGAUAGUCUGAGAGUGAUAAUGAAGCUAUCCUCAAAACUCAUAUCGAGUCCGGGUCGGACCGAGAAGUUCCAGCCGCAAUUGAUGAGGUUUUUGAGGACCAACGUCGGGAGCAGAAGCAGAGGCAGGUCACGUUCAAGCCCGAUGUUUUUUCGAAGAAAGAACGCCACCGCCAUUGAAACCCAGGAACCAUCUUCACCGAAAGUCACGUGCAUGGGCCAAGUGCGGGUCAAGCGUUCCCCCAAACAAGUAGCCACCGCCGGAACCGGUCGGCCGCGUGUGGCUGGAACCAGACGCCUGUGCAAAUGGCUCCGAAAUGCCCUUUUUUGUCACCCUCUCGCCCGAAGAAUCAAGCCCCCGUCGUGCCAAACCACUUGGCGCAAGUGGGUCCUAUUCUUCCAAGUGGGUUUUCUACGAAAAACCGAAAUUCGAGGAGACUCAUCGGGUUUUGAACCGAAACUCGAGAAUGACGGUGAGUUUUCAGAGCGAGAGGAUGAAGACAAGGAAGGAGAUGAGAAAGUAGUAGCUAAGACGACGGAAGAAACAGAAGUCACAGAACAGAGAGCAGAGAAAGAAGACACAGAGGAACAAUCGGAGACUGAUAAACCCACAUCGGAAGGAGAGUCAACUUCAGACGAAGAAUCGAGAAUAGGUCCUGAAACGGUGGAAAAGUUGAAGUUUUUCGAAGAAUUCGAAGGUGUAAUAAGAGAAAGAUUCAUAAAAUCCAUAAAUAUUGAAGAUGUGAAAGCAGGGGAAGAAGCAGACUCCAUACGGCCUGUUAUACUCACAAGGUGUAAAUCAGAACCGAUGAGAACAGCAGAGAAAACCGAUACAGAGAUGAAUUUCCGGUGGAAGAGAAGGUUGGGUUUCGCUGAUUCACGUUGACAGCUCGUGUUGUGAUGAAUUAACUAGUAUUCUUUGUUUUAAUCUCAUUUACCUGCCUGUGACAUCUAUAAUUAGUAAUUUCUCCUUGAUACAAAGUUGGGCAGUACGAAAGAAUCUCUAUGGUUAUUUGGAAAUUGUCACUGAUUAUAUUAAAAUUAAAAGGUAAGCUAUUCAUACAUUGCAAGCAGA